CAUGGAUACAUGAUACAUACAUGAUACAUGACGCCUCUUGCUCCAGCUCGUUAACUCAGUAUCUCCGUGAUCAUCAUUCUGUAUUAUUAUUACUAGUUUCAUUGGCAGAUAUAUUCGGACUCUAAUGUCUUCACUUGCCGAUUCCAUAAAACCUCGAGAUGUUUGUAUUGUUGGCGUUGCCCGGACGCCGAUGGGUGGCCACCUUGGCAUCCUUUCGUCUCUUUCAGCGACGAAGCUUGGCUCUAUUGCUAUUGAGGCUGCUCUCAAGAGAGCAAAAGUUGAUCCAUCUCUUGUGCAAGAGGUAAUUUUUGGGAAUGUUCUGAGCGCAAAUUUAGGGCAAGCUCCUGCUAGACAGGCUGCAUUAGGUGCUGGCAUACCCAAUUCCGUAGUCUGCACCACUGUUAACAAAGUUUGUGCAUCUGGGAUGAAAGCUACCAUGCUUGCAGCACUGACCAUACAAAUGGGUAUCAAUGAUGUGGUUGUGGCUGGUGGUAUGGAAAGCAUGUCUAAUGCUCCUAAGUACAUUGCUGAAGCAAGGAAAGGGUCCCGGUUAGGACAUGAUACUAUCAUCGAUGGAAUGCUCAAAGAUGGCCUUUGGGAUGUUUAUAAUGAUUUUGCUAUGGGAAUGUGUGGUGAAAUAUGUGCUGAUCAACAUGCCAUAACAAGAGAUGAGCAGGAUUCUUAUGCUAUUCAAAGCUUUGAGAGAGGAAUUUCUGCACAAAAUGCUGGUCACUUUGCUUGGGAGAUAGUUCCGGUCAAAGUUUCUGGCGUAAGAGGAAAGCCUUCCACGCUUGUUGAUAAAGAUGAAGGUUUGGGAAAGUUUGAUCCAGUAAAAUUAAGGAAGCUUAGACCAAGCUUCAAGCAGAAUGGGGGUUCUGUUACUGCUGGCAAUGCUUCUAUCAUAAGUGAUGGUGCUGCUGCCUUGGUGCUAGUGAGUGGAGAGAAGGCACUAAAGCUUGGAUUGCAAGUGAUAGCUAAGAUCAAAGGAUAUGCUGAUGCAGCUCAGGCACCUGAAUUAUUUCCAACUGCUCCUGCCCUUGCAGUACCUAAAGCAAUAUCAAACGCUGGUUUGAAGGCUUCUCAAAUUGAUUAUUAUGAAAUUAAUGAAGCCUUCUCGGUUGUAGUUCUUGCAAAUCAAAAGCUUCUUGGUCUUAAUCCUGAGAGAGUUAAUGUGCAUGGUGGAGCGGUAUCAUUGGGCCACCCUAUUGGUUGCAGCGGAGCUCGAAUCUUGGUUACAUUAUUGGGGGUAUUAAGACAGAAGGGUGGGAAAUAUGGUGUUGCUGGAGUCUGCAAUGGAGGUGGAGGAGCGUCUGCCCUUGUACUUGAGCUAAUGCCAGAUGCCAGGGUGAGGCGUUCUUCAUUAUGAGGAUCAUCUCUUUGUACUGUUGUACACUCCAAUAAUUAUUAAAAAAAAAAAAGAAGUAUGGCUUUUCUUGUUAAUGUUGUAGCAAUAUAUGAGACAAAAUAAUGAUGUGAUAAACCAUUAAAUAGUGGACAUCCAGCUUGAUCUC